CAAGACUUCACCUACCACAUUCUCGAUACGAGAUCUUACAAACCACUUCAAAUUUCAUCCAGGAUGAGCGCCGAUCGUAGGAAAGUAGAUGUUAUUCUCGGAUCACAAUGGGGAGACGAAGGAAAAGGAAAACUAUGCGAUAUUCUAUCUGCUCAAGUCGAUGUAUGCGCUAGGAGUGCAGGUGGUAAUAAUGCAGGUCAUACGAUUGUAGCAGAUAUGCCAGUUGGACAAGGUGUGGAUGGGAAAGGAGGAAAGACGACAUUUGAUUUUCAUCUUUUGCCUAGUGGCCUUGUCAAUCCAAAUUGUAUUGGUCUCCUUGGUUCAGGUGUGGUGAUGCAUGUACCCAGCUUCUUUGAAGAACUAGCCGCAUUAGAAUCCAAAGGUCUCAAAUGUGCCGAUCGAGUCUUGAUUUCGGAUCGAGCUCACCUUGUUUUCGAUUUUCAUCAAAUCGUUGAUGGUCUUAAAGAAAUUGAACUAGGUGGUUCAUCAAUCGGUACCACCAAGAAGGGUAUCGGACCAGCUUAUUCUUCAAAAGCUUCUAGAUCAGGUCUCCGAGUACAUCAUUUGAUCGGAGACUUUGAGCAUUUCUCAAGUCGAUUUCGUACAUUAGUCGAAGGUCGAUUCAAAAGAUAUGGUCAUUUCGAAUACAACAUUGAAGCUGAAUUAUCACGCUAUGCCGAAUAUGCUACUCGUUUGAAACCUCAUGUUGUAGAUGGAGUUCAAUAUAUUCAUCGAGCCCUUAGUACUGGUCAAAAGAGAAUCUUGGUCGAAGGCGCCAACGCUCUUAUGCUGGAUCUUGACUUUGGAACAUAUCCUUACGUAACCUCAUCAUCCGCGUCUAUCGGUGGUGUACUUACCGGUCUUGGUCUCCCACCUCAAUCUAUCGGCAAUAUCUAUGGUGUAGUGAAAGCCUACACUACCAGGGUUGGCGCCGGACCUUUCCCUACUGAACUCACUGGUACGCUUGGUGAACAUUUGCAAGAAGUAGGAGCCGAAUGGGGUACAACGACAGGUCGUCGAAGACGUUGCGGUUGGCUAGAUGUAGUAGUCCUUAAUCAUUCACGUUUGGUCAAUGGGUAUACUUCUUGGAACUUGACUAAAUUAGAUGUCUUGGAUGACUUGGAGGAAUUAAAGAUUGGUGUGGCUUACGAAUUGAAUGGGCAGGAGAUGGAUUAUUUUCCAGCCGAUUUGGACGUGUUGGAAAAGGUAAAGGUACGUUACGUGACCCUACCUGGAUGGAAACAGCCGAUCAAGAACUGUAAGACGUUUGAAGAGCUUCCGGCUGAGUGCCGAGCUUAUGUGGAGACAGUAGAACAACUAACUGGCAUUAAAGUGAGGUGGAUCGGCGUAGGGCCUGGACGAGCAGCCAUGAUUGACCGAGUCUAGAUCAAUCACAAUAUUCUUGACCCAAAAUGAAAGUAAACGUGCGAGUGAUAUUGGCAAAGAAAAAGGCUACCAACAGUUGGCUUUCUGUUUCUUGCACUUCUAUAUUUGAUGAGGCUCUUGUUUAUAAACUAUCAACACCAAUUCCAAUAUCAAGUAGUCGAGCUGAUUGGGUUCAGGUGCAGAUGUGCUCUUUCUCAAAGUCAUUUCAAAGUCAUCUUUCUUUCAAAGCAUUUGAUGCAAUCAGUCAUCAAUCUUUCAAUUCUUUCUGACUCACUCAUUUACUAUCUUUCAUCUCAUUUGUUCUCAUGUUGUUCUAUUGGGCUUGUUGUGACAACGCUAAAACUAAAUAGAUGUUGAUCUUGUCCUAUAGUACUUUGAGUUUGUUCAUAAAGUUUGUUUAGAAAAACAAAUGUUGAGUAUUAUCUUUGAAAUCAUUUUUCUUGUAUAUGGAUCAGCCUUCC